UCGUCAUUCUUCUUCUGCAUCGUACAACAUGAACAAGUUUAUGCAUAUAUGCUACGGACUUGUCUGUUAGAAACUAUCAGUUUGAACUUGGAGAUUGUCGUCUUCAAGAGGGAAAGAAUGAUCAUUCUUCAUAGUUUGGAAAUGCGCUGGAUCGGAAAUGAACUGGAUAGAAUUUUUAGGAGAAUUCAUUCAAGAUAAUGUCUUGUGAGAAAUGCAAACAUUUAUGUACUUGGAGACUUUGUAUCAUAGGCAAUAGGAAUAUCAAAUGGAUUGUUGAGAAGAUUUUGUCUCGAGAUUAUGACGACUAUUUGGAUGAUAUAGAUUAACCAUGGAAGCUGUUGGAACACUUGUGUCAUGUCAAUGUGGAUUGUCGGCUGAUAUUGACAGUUGCAGCCAGUGCAAGCAGCGGCUAUCGUCCUGGUACUUUGAGAGGGAUAAGAAGCUCUACUGUCAGAAGGAUUAUUGGGCCCAGUUUGGAGAGUCUUGUCAGGGAUGUGCUCAACUCAUCGCUGGACCAGUUAUGGUGGCUGGUGAGCACAAGUUCCAUCCGGACUGCUUUGUAUGCUCUAAAUGCCAAGCCUACAUUGGAGAUGGAGACAGCUAUGCCCUGGUGGAAAGAUCUAAACUAUACUGUGGCCCAUGCUACAAGAAGGUUGUUGUCCUACAGACGGAGAAGAGUAGUCCUAAGAAGAAGAAGAAGAAGCAAGCACACACCGUUCAGCUGAUUAACAUACCACCAACACCAGAGGGACAGAAGAGGUUCUCUCUGUCGCUGGAAGAGAAACAGGCCAAGGAAUCAAGCUCCAGUGAAGAUGUACCGGUAGCUGCUCAGGGCAAGAGCAUCUGUAUAUCAGAUUUGGAGACUACACCUGAGACGGUAUCUCUUCAAGUAGGAGAUAGGAUUCUGGAGGUUAACGGUACACCUGUCACUGAUCAUAACAUAUCAGAGAUUGACAGAAUACUGAGUCAAAGGACAUCCCAGCUUCGCAUCACCGUAGAACACGGCCCAUCUUCCAACCCCGUCCCCGACGUCUGCGGGAUCUUCAGUAGUCGGUCCAGCAGCGAAGAGAGCAACUCCCCAUCCUCCUCCAACGAGCCGGAGUUUCCUUCAAUCAACAACAACGUUCAAGCAUCACUCUCCGACUGUUCACCGUCGUCGGGCGAGAGAGGGCGUCUUGGUGUGUUCAACUACGAGAGGAGACAUAUGAAGCUAGAUAGGCAUGGCUCAGCUCCCAAAGUACGCAAUAACUAUCCUGUAAUGUGCAGUCCUACCUCACCGUUGUCCAGAACUCAGUCAUACCGGGUCUCUAAGAACCAGAGGAUAUUUCGACCUGCAGAUCUCAUCAAGGGAGAGGUACUGGGUCAAGGCUUUUUUGGAAAAGCAGUCAAGGUAACUCAUCGGUAUACAGGAGAAGUGAUGGUUAUCAAGGAGCUGGUAAGAUACAGUGAUUCUGCACAGAGAGACUUCCUAAAAGAGGUUAAGGUCCUACGGAGUCUGGAUCAUUACCAUGUUCUCAAGUUCAUCGGUGUACUCUACAGAGACAAGAGACUUAACCUAGUAACUGAGUUUGUUGGAGGAGGGACACUAGAGAAUAUUAUCUCUGAUCUUGAUAAACCGUUUCCAUGGCUGCAAAGAAUAAAUGCUGCAAGAGACAUUGCUUCAGGAAUGUCCUACCUUCACUCGAUGGGGAUAAUCCAUAGAGAUCUCAACUCAAACAACUGCCUUGUCAGGGAUGAUGGCUCUGUCGUCGUAGCAGAUUUUGGUCUUGCCAGGGUAUUCAUUGAUGAGAAUGACAGUCGAUGUCCAAACUCCUUUGGUCCGGGUAGGGAUAAACACAAACCAGCCGGUCGUAAGAAGCGCUAUACCAUGGUCGGCACAGCAUUCUGGAUGGCUCCUGAGAUGCUGAAAGGUAAAGACUACAAUGAGCGUGUAGAUGUCUUUUCAUUCGGCAUUGUCAUGUGUGAGUUGAUUGGGAGAGUGAGUGCCUGCCCGGAUGAUUUGCCACGGAGCGGGGACUUUGGACUAGAUGAAGUGCCUUUCAUGGCGCAAUGUUGUGAUACCUGUCCCAAGACAUUCCAUCAGAUCAUGCUCAUGUGCGUCAGGAUGGACUCUGAUGAAAGGCCUUCGUUCGAUGAACUGGACCAGAGAUUGUCCUCCUUUUCUCUUCACUUUGAGAGACUUUCACCCCGUGCCAAAGACCUGGAGAGUUAUCAUAUAUCACCCACUGAAGAUCCACCACCUAAAACCUGAACGAGCACCCAGCCCAGGCAUGAGAAGGGAACGGUUACCAGUCUGGAAUCAAAAACUCGAAAGGACAAGAAUGAUAAAUCCCUGUAUACAGGUGGAUGACAUUUAAACAAGUUCCCUGAUCAUUGUUUAUCAUCCGGCCUUUUCUUGCUGCUGCUGCUGCCUUCUAAUAUGAAUAUAGUCAUUUUCUUCUAUACUUCCAAUAUCUGCAAGAAGGGGCACGGUGUAUACAAUUUCAUUUUAUUUAUUUCAUUUAUCGUACCCUGUAAACAUACCCUGUAUCAUUGCUGCAUUAUCAAAUGAUAUGUAUGCAUGUGGACAGUGCCAUAGGUGGAAAGCACCGUAGUCACAAGAAAGAUUUCUUCUGAAUUUUUUUUUCAUCUUCAAUAUAUUAGAAAAUGUUGUCAGAGUAGGAUGAAAUAUGUAAGAUUUAAGGAUUAAUUGUUCUUAAAAAGGGUCUUUCCGCUCAUGGUAUGAGAAAAAUAUACAUAAAUUCCAGUAUUUGGUGCAUAAUCUUAGUAAUGAACAGGGUUAUUAUUAGAGAUUAAUGUAGGUUAUUUAUUUUUAUACCAUUAUUGUACAAAUAUGUAUGCUAAGAUUUUUACAGAAAAUGUUGUUUUAAGCUUUUCUACAAACACUCAUGUGGUUUAAGAUUAAUUAAUCAUCUUGAACACCCAAGUACUACUUCCAACUCGAUUGGAAAUCAGUGGAAUUAUCAAUGUUUACUAAAUUAUAUUUGUGGGUUCUUUAUCCACCUAAUAACUUGAACGAUUUAAUAAUACAUUUUAUUUGUUUGAAAAAUAAAUAUUUGUUCUUCUUUCUUAUUUGUCUUCUGAGCAAAUCUUUAAUAUAAAUGAAUCAUAUGUCAUUUCAAAAUGAAAUGAUGCAAUUUGUCAGUAGUUUGCAGGACUCCUUGCCUGCUGUACUGGAGAAUUUAUUGGAUCUAGCUAUUUUCGUCAAGCGUUCAGCAAAAAAAUUGUUUGAAAAUUUUGAGGGAAGUGUAUAGAGAAGACAAAUAUGAAAUUGUUGAAGUUUUAUUCAUGGAGUAUGAUAUAGUAAGCCCAAUUUCAGAAUUGCUGUUGCAGUGUCAAGUUAUCACAUUCCUCAAUCUGUCAAUGAUUAACAGUAAUACGUCAAUUGUUUAUUUGUUGUUUCCUUUAAAAUAUGAAAAUGUGGCCUACCUAUAAACCACUGUUACUUGCCAAAUUAGUAGAAUCAAUUUGUAAGAAUUUUGAAGCAAUAUCAAAACUGAAAUCUGAAUACCAACAUAUUGAUAUUCAAAAGAAAUGGCCAGCUUCUUCUCAUUUAACGUCAAUGAAUGCUCGCCUCGUGUGUCAUGUAUUUGCCAAAUUUUUACAGCUCUCUUUUGAACUAUAUGGAUCUGCAUUUUCAGAUGAUGUUUACUGUAUAAGCUUUUUAAAGGCAAUAAUUUGUACCAACAUUUUUUGUUGGAACUCUUAACUGUUAAAGAGAUGUGAUAUGCACUUGUUUCCAAAGGGCCAAAUUUUGCCAAAUUUUAACACAAAUGUUUGUCUUUUCAAGGGCUUUUAUUUGGGUUCUUUCAAAGACGUGUGCAUGCAUCAUCAAAACAGCUGAAUUUUUAUAGAUUUUUUCUCUUUAUUUAUUGUGCAAUGUUGAAAAAGAGAUUUGGAUAUACUUUCUAAUAAUGUAGUCUUUCAGUGUUAAUGAGAAAUUUCUAUUUAGAUUAUAGAUUAUUAAAUCUUCAUUUCAUAUACUAUAUUUGCCAGAUAUCGUAAUGCUUUCAUAGAAUAAACAUAUUAUAGUGUUUGUGGUUGUCUGAAAAUAAUUAAUGUACGUUUAGGUUCUGCUUUUUUCACCAAGGAAUUUGUUUUUUACGACAUUGAAUAAAAGCUUGAAAGUUUUGUCAAAUGUCUGUAAACCUGUUAUUAGAUCAGGAACAAUAACCCUUCAACUCAAAAUGCUUAUUUAUAUCUUGUCAAGUGUCAAAAAAUCUCUUACUAGUUUUGCCAAAAUUAAGUUUAUAGUUUGUACCGGUAGUUGUACUGAGCAAACUGUUACUUUUAUGAUUGAUAAAAAAAAAUGAUUUGUAUCAAAAAGAAAAAAAAAGCAUUUGUUGGUUUUGCAAGUGGUGGCAAAAAUUAUAUUUUAACACUAAAUAAUUGGGAUUCGUGAAAUUCACAUGCUGCUUAAAUGACCAUUGUAAUGUUAACUGAUUUGUAAGUUUCACGCUGAGAUAGUUACUGGUUUUACAAUAUGCCCGUCAUCAUAACUCAAACUUGUUCUUUGUCCAUGGUCCAUAUCGUGUCUAAUCAACGUAGAGUCUGUUCAGCCUACCGUAUCGCAUGUUCUAGUAUGCUUUAUUGAAGGGAAAGACCAAUAAUACAGAUUAAAUGGAAGAAAGUGUGGCAAUAAGAAGAGUGAAGGAAAGGUGGAUAUAACAUCAUCUCCAUUUUUUGAUGAAUUACAUAAGCAUUGAAAAUGUGCAUGUGCCUGCAUGAUAGGGAUGAUUGGAUGCAAUCACUUUUUAAUUUUUUAAAUAUUUUUUUCAUGGAUAUGAACUUCUCAAGCACAGACCUUGCCUCUCUGUUUUUCAUACAUUCCCUUAAUGUAUUUCUCUCUCUUUCUCAUUGUCUAUUAGUUCUUUCCUUUAAAUUUCUCAUAUUUUGAGGCUAAAGAUAAUAGCCUGAUCAGUGUUCAGUUACUUUCGUUCAAACUUCACGUUUGGAUUUUGUAAGCAUUUAAAAAUUGCACUUGCACGUACAUACAUGUAUGCAGACAGCGUACACCAAUAUUUGCUAUGAUCAAUCGUUUCCACAGUUACUUUCACAGUGCAAUCGCAUGACCAGAAUCUUUGACAAUUCAAAUUAUCCAUACACGUGUACAAGGGAAAAACAGAAAAUUGGUAUUGCAGGCCGUACUACAGAAUAGUGUUUAUAGUAAUACUUGAAUUUUAUUCCAGAAUUUUUUAUUUUGUGUUGUUUGUCAUUAUGUAAACACAUUUUAAUAAAUUUGAAUCUUUUAUGAGGUAAAAUAUUGCAA